CACAGUUUCUUACCGGUUGAUAUUGUGUGCCGAACAAUAAUAAUGCAUUUUUGAAGCAUUGUGGCACACCGUUCAGUACAUGAGAGUUCAGUUCAUAGCUGCACAUUAAUUAAUAACUAGGCUAAUUACAAGUCAUUGAAUUUAAGUGCUUGAUAAGUGAAAGUAAAUAUAGUUGUUUUACCUUUGCCAAUAUGUUUACAAAGGCAUUUCGUGUCAAAUCCAACACAGUAAUCAAAGGAUCAGACAGGAGAAAGCUUAAAGUCGAUGUAUCAACUGCCUUUCCCUUGUUGUCGGAGUCAGAGUUGUCGGAAGUUGUCCCAAACAAAGAAGAAAUUAAUGUAGUUAAGGUUUAUGCUCACAAGGGAGAUGCAAUUACUCUCUAUGUUCUUCAUAAAAAUCCAUUGUUCUUUGAACUUGAAAAACGACUCUAUCCCACAGUGUAUAUGCUUUGGCAAUACCCAAAUGUUUUGCCAUCAUUUGCAACAUGGGCACCUGUGAUUCAAAAGAUAGCUGGAGGUGCAGAUCUGAUGCUACCUGGAGUGGUAGUACCUUCAUGUGGCCUACCUGAAGUACGACAGGGCGAGUGCUGUGUUGUUAAAGUGGUAGGCAAUGAGGCACCGAUGGCUGUGGGCAUUGCUGCCAUGUCCACUGCAGAGAUGUGCAGUGCAGGCAUGAAAGGAAGAGGCGUGUCUGUCCUUCACACAUUCAUGGAUAACUUGUGGGCUUAUGGAGAUAAAUCGUGCCCUGCUUUGAUCUCGGAUGCUGAAACGACUGGAGGUGAAGUCUUGAACAGAGACGAGAAUAAUGAGGAAGGAGAGGGUGGUGAGGAGCAAGAGACAAAUGUGGGAGAGUUAUCUGAUUGUCCUAAUGGGCAAGGGGUUGACCAGGAGACAGAGAAGGCCUGCGCUGAAGUGGAAGGACUCAGACUGACCAAGUGUGAGAGUGAGAACAAGAACGAAGAGGAAGAAGAGGUUAACCUAGAUGAGCAGAUAUCUCCUCAAGACGAGAUGGACGCCCUGCUGCUGCAGUGUUUCCUGCACGCCCUCAAGAGCAAGGUGAAGAAGUCCGAGCUCCCCCUGCUGACCAGCUCCUUCCUCCGUAACCACAUGUUCCCCUGCUGUCCAAACGGCAAACAAUUGGACAUCAAGAAAUCCAGCUACAAAAAGUUGUCAAAGUUCCUGCAGACCAUGCAGCAGCAGCAUCGGGUGGUGCGCGUGAAGGAGCUGACCAAAGGAGUCGAGAGCCUGGUGGAAGUGGACUGGAAGAACCCAGUUCUACGCUCCUUCCGGGCCCCUGCCGAGCCCCAUGUGGAGGAGGACCCUGUGCAGAUGACAGAGGAUGGCGAGAAGACUUACCAUCCCCCUGAGAUCACUAUUCUGUACUCUGUGUCGGCACGCGUGGAGCCGCUGUUUCGAGAGGCCAACAAGAGGAAAGGAACGGUUCUCCAGCCAGGUGAAGUUAGGACUAUAAUAACUGAGUAUGUCAAAGCGAACGAGCUGGUGGAUGAAAAUAACAAAAAUUAUGUCCACAUAAACCCUAUUUUAUGUGACUGCCUGUUGGAGAAGUCUGAGUACCACGAGGUCAGCAUUCUGAAGUGGGACGAUCUCUUUAGCAGGACACUGAGCAAAAUGCAGGAGUGCUCCCAGUUUGUAAUUGCCGGUCAGCAACCUAUUAUGAAGAAAGGCCACAUUGAGCCCAUCGACAUAACCGUAGCCUCUCGAGGCUCUAACAAGAAGGUAACGCUCAUUAAGAACCUGGAGAUGUAUGGGUUGGACCCCAUAGACGUAUCAGCUGCCCUGCAACAUAGAGUCCAGGCCAGCGCUGUGCUGCAUCCGGUUCCCGGGACUAAGGACAAGGUUCUGGUUCAGAUCCAGGGCAACCAGAUUCAGCAAGUUGGCAAUUUACUACUAGAUCGGUAUCAUAUUCCUCGCAAGUACAUCCAAGGCCUGGAAAAAGCUCAGAAAGGGAAGAAGAAAUAACAGCAUUUCAUCAUAACAUACACCAUAUGUUAUCUGUUUAUCUGCUCACUGCUAAAGUAAUAGCCACUAACCACCAUCCAUGCCAUGAAGGUGCCAUAUAAAUCUAAUAAAAGGACUACAUGUUGUUUUAUUUCCUGGCCAUGCAUUGGCAUUUCCUUAAUAAGUCAUAAAAACAGCUUAUUUUGCGAUGACGCCGGAUAACAAGAAAGCUUUGAAGUGAUUCAAAUGUUUAUGAAUUUGAUUUAUUUCUACAGUGCGCUUUUGAUACCUAUAUCGUCUAUAGUUUUUGUAAUUCUAAAAUAUGUUUGUCAAAAUAUUGUUUUUACACAUGCCAAAACAGGAGUAGAAUACAAACUUCCAGGGUGAGAAUCCCAUAUUUAUAUGUCGGUUAAUAGUCUUAAUUACACAUAUUGAUUUACUGGUGUACCUUUAAAACCACACACUGCAGGGAGAGUUAAUUCAUUUCUAAAAAAAUCAUUCACGUUCCCCUUGUGAAUGAUCUUGGGGAAUGCUUUUGUCAGAGAUACCAGUGGUAGAAAGACCUAGAAUUGUACAUCGGGCCAGAUUACUUCUUCCUGAAGCACAGUCAAGCACAUGACCUGCAGGUAGCAUCUGCUGUCUCCAGUGGUGUUUGUCCAACCGUGGUACGUUAGUUUUAUUACAAAGGCGUGCGGCAUCACUUUAAACAGAUGCGUUCCUUUCUUUGUUCUCUAAGACACAUUUGACAGACGUACGGUGUAGUAUGUAGGGUAGGCCUAUAGCUAGAGUAGGCUACGUAGAGUGCAGUUGUGCUGUGAUCUCCGUGGACCGUGACAUUUAGGCCCCCCUCCAUCCCAAAUGGUUAGGGACAACCUGCAGUUUAGCCGAAUCACUGGACAACAUGGGUCAACUCAAACAGGAAAUUAGAUGGGAAGGAGGUCAAAGGCCGAAGAAUAUUCUGCAGCAUGCUGCACCGCCAGAUGUUUGCCUUCAUGUGUCUGAUGGGAUGAGGAAUGUUGGUUUUGGCAGAAGAAGCGCCCAGUAGUCCUUUUGUAACCCAAAUUGGUAUCUAGUAACUAGGCAUAUCAUAAUUUGGUUCAAGUUGUUUCACAUUUCGUACAGUAUAAUAAUUAAGAUCCCUAUUCAAACUGGCCGACAGAUGGCACUGUUAGUGGUCUUAUCCCUACAUGCGGCCAAUUGGGAAGUGGGCC